AAAAGCAUCACUCGCAUUAGCUGCUCACUGAUGAGAAAAUCGUUUUAUUAUUUCUGUCUUCUUAGAGGAAAGAUUUAACCUACCGGAGGGUGUCAUUCGGACCCUGACAGCGCCACAAAAAUGCGACGUCUCGGCUCAGUGCAACAGAAAAUACCCUGCGUUUUUCUGACGGAGGUGAAAGAAGAACCGUCCAAAAAACGGGACUGUCAGCAAUUUCAGGUUGUUGCCACUGAAAAUGUGAACCCUCUUGCUCUGGAGGCCAAUAUCGACUGUGCUCUUGCUACAGAGAAACUGGAUGGAACCUGCUGUUACGUGACGCUGUAUAAAGGACAGCCAUACCUCUGGGCUCGACUCGACAGGAAACCGAACAAACAGGCGGAGAAACGGUUUAAAAAACAUCAGCAUACGCACAGAAGUUGCAAAGGUUUCACAUGGAAUGUAGAGGAAGACUUUAAGGCUGUGCCAGAGUCAUGGAUCGCUGCUCACAGGGUCAAACAUCACAACGGUCAGCCACUGCCUGACGAACACGGACACAUUCCAGGCUGGGUCCCAGUGGAGAAGGACAACAAGCAGUACUGCUGGCACUCCUCCGUGGUGGACUACGAGGUCGGGGCGGUGCUCGUUCUCAGACCCACUGGUGAGGAUGAAGACAUGUUGGAAAUUGCAGCGGUGCCACUGGCAGAACUUCUGGAACAAACACUGGAGCUCAUCGGAACCAACGUGAAUGGAAACCCUUAUGGGAUGGGGAGUAAGAAGCAGCCGGUCCACUGCCUGGUGUCUCAUGGGAGUGUGGUGGUCAGAAACCCUCCCCUGGUGGACUUCCAGCAGCUCUACUCCUGGUUACAGGAGAAUCCAGACGGUCAGGUGGAGGGAAUCGUCUGGCACUGCAACGACGGCACGCUCAUCAAGAUUCAUCGCCAUCAUCUGGGGCUCCGAUGGCCUGACGGGAGAACCUGCCUCGGCGACAGGCCUGUGGUCAUCCACGUGGACGUGACGGUCAACGAGUACAACAGUAAGGACUUGUUCACGUCGUUGUCCGGACUGAACGGACACUGCUUCAGUCGGCUGAAGGACAUUCAGUUGGAACUGUAAAUGAAACGUCCUCACCUGCUCCUGACGCUUCUGCUGGGACCCUCCCAUCACCGCCGGACGUCUCCAUGAAGAAUUCCACAGUAAUGAGUCCAAGUUUACGCUUUAAAGCACGUAGUUCCCCUUUGAAAUGCAGAACUUCAGCUUCACUUCAAAACAAAAUCAAAGUCUUACUUGUGUUGGAUAUGAGGGGAUUGAACCUGAGUUUGGGGUUGACCAAUGAGUUUUUGUUUUUCCAAGGAUGGUACGAUUACACAACGAGACCAUGAACUGGUAAACGCACAGAGAAACUGAAAACCUUUAUCAGAAAUGUAGA